AUGGCCAAAUAUUUACCAAAUAAGUUAGAUUUAAUUAAUGAUUACGCCCAAAUCCUAAUCAAAAGAUCUAUACCAGAAGAAAAAGUUCUAAAGUCAAUUAUUUUGGCAGAUAAUCUAGAUGUAAUUAUUAAGAUUAGAUCAGCUUACCUUCCACCAAACGUCGAUAAAUUCUUCGAAUUUUCUUACAUUAAUAAUGCUCCGAAGUGCUUUGAAUGGAUGUUUACAAAAAUUAAACAAAAUUUCGACGGAUUAAGACCAAAUCUUUUGAAGAAAGAUCCAGUUAAUGCAUUAGAGAAGGCUGUCUUCCAAAUUACUGCGACUCAGUAG